AUGCUCGCUCUCACCCACAUGCUCGCUCUCACCCACAUGCUCGCUCUCACUCACAUGCUCGCUCUCACCCACAUGCUCGCUCUCACCCACAUGCUCGCUCUCACCCACAUGCUCGCUCUCACCCACAUGCUCGCUCUCACCCACAUGCUCGCUCUCACCCACAUGCUCGCUCUCACCCACAUGCUCGCUCUCACCCACAUGCUCGCUCUCACCCACAUGCUCGCUCUCACCCACAUGCUCGCUCUCACCCACAUGCUCGCUCUCACCCACAUGCUCGCUCUCACCCACAUGCUCGCUCUCACCCACAUGCUCGCUCUCACCCACAUGCUCGCUCUCACCCACCUGCUCGCUCUCACCCAUCUGCUCGCUCCCCACCCACCUGCUCGCUCUUCAUGCAGGUACCUAUGCUACAAUACAUUUGACGGUCGCAUCCCACCACACCUCGCCUUGCCCAGCCUCAUAGAUAUCGAAUGGCAUGCCUCUCCCCUAUAG